AUGGCUGCCCUUCUGGCGCUUGUGGCCCUGGUCGUCGUAUGCCGCUCCUACCAUCCCCCGAGGCAGCCGAACCAUCAUCCGUCCGGCAGACGAGAACGGAUGCUGGACGACGGACAUGCACGGCCUCUUUCUGGCGGACAUCUAUCGCCUGAAGCCGGCGGGAGAACCAGCACGCUCGAUCGACAGUCUCGCGACGACAUAUAUGUACCGCCGUUGUUCCCGAACACGUCUGACGCGCUCAGCUCUCCGGUGGCCGCACUCCCUUGGCCCAGCUCAUUCGGCCAGCAAAAGGAUUGCGUUGUCGGGGAUUCGAACCCCGGACUAAAGCUGGACCUAAGCAAGAGCCUUAUCAACGGAUCUGCAAUGGAAGGCUUCAAUGCUAACCACUACACCAACAACGCUUGGUGGAAGGAGUUCCGUACGUGGUAUUCAGAGUACGUGCAGGAGGACUACGCAGUCCGCAGCCACAGCGGAUUGCCCGCUGUUUGA